AUGUCCCAACUGGGCUCAGAGCUGGAGUACAAGCCCCCACAGCCCACAGAGCAGCGCUGGCCUGUCAGGAACCCGGUGGACCAGCCUCCUGGGGCUGCAGAGAUGUGGGUUCCAGCGUCCCCAUCCUGGGACUGCCGCGUGGCCAAUGCAGAGGAGAAGCUCGUGGACGACCUUCUGAACAAGACCCGCUACAAUAACCUGAUCCGCCCGGCCACCAGCUCUGCCCAGCUCAUCUCCAUCCAGCUCCAGCUCUCCCUGGCCCAGCUCAUCAGCGUGAAUGAGCGGGAACAGAUCAUGACUACCAACGUCUGGCUGAAACAGGAGUGGACCGACUACCGCCUGGCCUGGAACAGCUCCCACUACGAAGGCGUGAACAUCCUGAGGAUCCCUGCAAAGCGCAUCUGGCUGCCUGACAUUGUGCUUUACAACAACGCCGACGGCAUGUACGAGGUGUCCUUCUAUUCCAACGCCGUGGUCUCCUACGACGGCAGCAUCUUCUGGCUGCCGCCCGCCAUCUACAAGAGCGCCUGCAAGAUCGAGGUGAAGCACUUCCCCUUCGACCAGCAGAACUGCACCCUCAAGUUCCGUUCCUGGACCUACGACCACACGGAGAUCGACAUGGUUCUCAAGUCGCCCACGGCCAGCAUGGACGACUUCACCCCCAGCGGCGAGUGGGACAUCGUGGCGCUGCCGGGGCGAAGGACGGUGAACCCGCGGGACCCCAGCUACGUGGACGUCACCUACGACUUCAUCAUCAAGCGCAAGCCCCUCUUCUACACCAUCAACCUCAUCGUCCCCUGCGUGCUCAUCACCUCGCUGGCCAUCCUCGUCUUCUACCUGCCGUCCGACUGCGGCGAGAAGAUGACGCUGUGCAUCUCCGUGCUGCUGGCGCUCACCGUCUUCCUGCUGCUCAUCUCCAAGAUCGUGCCGCCCACCUCGCUGGACGUGCCGCUCAUCGGCAAGUACCUCAUGUUCACCAUGGUGCUGGUCACCUUCUCCAUCGUCACCAGCGUGUGCGUGCUCAACGUGCACCACCGCUCGCCCGGCACCCACACCAUGGCGCCCUGGGUCCGCCGCUGCUUCCUACGCCAGCUGCCCACCUUCCUGUUCAUGAAGCGCCCGGACAGCAGCCCUGCGAGGGCCCCCCGGCCCAGCCAGCUUCGCCUGACCAGGCUCGAGGCCGCCAGCACCUCCAGCCUCUGCGGGAGCUCCACGUGCUCUGCGGCUCCCCAGUCCCCGGGCGGCUCGGGCUCCCGCACCGCAGGCCUCCAGGAUUUCCGGCCAAGGUCUUCCGGGAGGUUCCAGCAGGAUGUGCAGGAGGCCUUGGAGGGCGUCAGCUUUAUUGCCCAGCAUAUGAAGAGUGAUGACCGAGACCAGAGUGUAAGUCCCUAG